CUGCUCAGAGUUUGUUUUUCGGAAGGCGCGCCCAUUUCGAUUAGAUCGGCUUUAGUGCGUUCCGCUCGGCGAUCGCAGAAAUAGUCGGGGAUAAACAACGCCGCAUUCGCCGUAUUUACAUAAUUUAGUACAAAGUAACGACGGCCGCAGCAACAACAACAUGACGAACACCGACGUGCGAAAGAGAAAACUGGCCACGGAUGAGAAGCCGCCGCGGCGGAAAAGCAGUGGCUCCCCAAGUGCCAGCAGCAGCAGCGGUGGAAACCGCGGUCCCAGCGGCCUCAAGAUCUCCUUCCUCUGCCUGGUCAUCUCCGUCAUCCUGCUGCUCUUUGUUUUCGGUGUGUACCACUUGUAUUUUGCACCCCAACCAGCUCCCAAAGUUGUACUAACCAAACCCUCUGAUUUUCCCACUGUUACCGUGCGUUACGCCCAUGUGGAACCCCAUUUUCCGACUCCCGUUCGCCGUGUUGUCACUAAAAAACCACCCAUCAACCCGGAUGACGACGAUGCAGGCUUUGUCUCCGAGAAUGCCAGUCCCUACUUGGCCCGCCUGGCCUCCCAGUUUGGCUACAGCAAGGUCCAGUAUGCGGCCAUUAUCGAUGCCGGAUCCACGGGCAGUCGUGUGCUGGCCUACAAGUUCAACAGGAGUUUUAUUGACAACAAACUGGUGCUCUACGAGGAGCUGUUCAAGGAGCGCAAGCCGGGAUUGAGCUCCUUUGCUGACAAUCCCGCCGAGGGUGCCCACUCCAUUAAGCUGCUGUUGGACGAGGCCAGAGCCUUUAUACCCAAGGAGCACUGGUCGUCUACGCCGCUGGUUCUAAAAGCCACAGCCGGUCUGCGGCUGCUGCCCGCCAGCAAGGCGGAAAAUAUCCUGAAUGCCGUCCGCGAUCUAUUCGCCAAGUCCGAGUUCAGUGUGGACAUGGAUGCCGUUGAGAUUAUGGACGGCACGGACGAGGGCAUCUUCAGUUGGUUCACUGUGAACUUCCUGCUGGGCCGCCUCUCCAAGACGAAUCAGGCAGCCGCCUUGGAUUUGGGCGGUGGCAGCACGCAGGUCACCUUCUCGCCAACCGAUCCGGAACAGGUGCCCGUGUACGACAAGUACAUGCACGAGGUGGUGACCUCCAGCAAGAAGAUCAAUGUGUUUACGCAUAGCUAUUUGGGACUGGGACUGAUGGCCGCCCGGCAUGCCGUCUUUACGCAUGGCUAUAAGAAGGAGGAUUCAGUGCUGGAGAGCGUGUGCGUGAAUCCCAUCAUUGCCAAUCGUACUUGGACCUACGGCAAUGUGCAGUACAAGGUGAGUGGCAAGGAGAACGGCAAGUCGAGUGCCGAGCAGCCGAUUGUGGACUUUGAUGCCUGCCUGGAGCUGGUGAAGAGCAAGGUUAUGCCGCUGGUCAAACCCAAGCCGUUUACCUUAAAGCAACAUGCGGUGGCUGCGUUUAGCUACUACUUCGAGCGUGCCAUCGAAUCGGGUUUGGUGGAUCCACUGGCUGGAGGCGAGACCACCGUGGAGGCCUACCGCAAGAAGGCCCAGGAGAUCUGCGCCAUUCCCAACGAUGAGCAGCCCUUCAUGUGCUUCGACCUUACCUUCAUCUCGACGCUGCUGCGUGAAGGAUUUGGUUUAAACGAUGGCAAAAAGAUUAAGCUUUACAAGAAGAUAGAUGGCCACGAAAUCUCUUGGGCCCUGGGCUGUGCAUAUAAUGUUCUGACUAGCGAUGAAAAAUUCAGUAAUUCCUAAUGCUCCUCCAUUAGUCCGUAGUUGAUAAACAAGAAAGAAAAAAAACAUUUUAACAAGAUUGUUAGCUGAAAUUGUUUAUAGAGUGCCUUAGACGUGCAUCGAGUAUACUACAAUCACAGUACACACUAGAC